AUGGACUCAUUAAAAUAAGCUUAAAAACUAGAGGAAAAUCAAGAAACAACUAAUAAUGACCUUGGCAUAAAAAUCAAAUAAUUAGAUUAAGAUGGGCUGUCAAACUCUUUAUUAUAUAAAUAAUUUUCAUUUAUUUUGAACCAUCUCCUUAGAGUGAUGACUAGAAACGAAUAAAGCUAUAGAUACAAAAUGCAUUUAGGACUAUGCAAAAUGAUGGAGUUCAAUGAAUUAGAAUUAGUAUAUUGGCAUUUAUUGAAUUUGUAAUUUGACUAUGGUAAAAAAUUGCAACCAAAUUACUCCCAGGAGAUUAAAACAUGUGCAUUUAACUACUUUAAAGAUUUUCUUAAAAUAUAGGCAGAAUUUAUACCUGAUAUUUCAUUAUAUAAGAGAGAGUUACUCUUUGUAACAUUGUCAGCUUUUUACACUAUAAAAUUAAUGAGAAAUAAUUAAAAAUUCGAUAAAAUAGGAGAGUUUAUAAAGGAAGAAAAGUUUGGCGAGUUGUUCAAACGAAUUGAACCUGCAUUCAUAAAUGUCUCUUAAUAAUUGACAUUGUAUAUAGUCAAUCAAAAAUAUAUGGAAAUGACUAAGCUAGAAGAACCAUUAGAAGAAUAAUAAAUCAAUUAUAAUUUUAUAGUCGAAUAGAUCCUAGAAAUGGCACCUGCAUAUUAGAAGGAUGAAGAAUUGCCCGUAACUAAAAAGGUAAAGAGACAGAAGAAGCUGAUGGUAAGAAGAACGGAGACCAUACAGAAAUAAGAAUUAGAGUCUUAAUAGAAAAUAGAACAAUAAUCACAAUAAAUACAACAAUUAUCUUAGCAAUUCUAAUACUAAGGUUAAUAAUAAUAAUAAAUAGAUUUACAAUAUUUAAAUUAGCCAAUUGGAUUAUCAAUACAAUUUUAAAAACAUAAUUAGAAAGAAAGCUAAUAAUACAAUUAAAUGAAUUAAUCUUAGAUUCAAGCAGAUUCAUAUAUAAUAAAUGAGAGAUCGUCAUUUCAAUAUUUCGAUAAAUAGUACUCAAAUGUUAUGUCAUUGAGAUCAAGAGCUUUACAUAACGUCAGUCAAGAAAGUCUUGGUCAAUUGUUUUCUAAUUAAUAUUUUCCCACACCUUCAUAAGAAUAAUAUACAUCAAGAAAUCAGAAAUCGAUAAUUUAGACGAAUAAGAAUGGAAAAUGA